AUUUAAAUACAUUUCAUUAUUUCAGGCUUCUUCUUCUUUUUUUCCACUCCCAAAAAAAAAAAAAAACAAAGCAUGGCUUCAGGGGAGCAGCACCUCCUGCAGACGGAGAUCGUCAACCGCGGGGUCCAGUCGUCGGGGCCGGACGCCGGGACAAUGACGUUCUCCGUCAGGGUGAGGAGGCGGCUCCCGGACUUUGUGCAGUCGGUGAACCUCAAGUACGUGAAGCUCGGGUACCACAACCUCAUCAACCACGGCGUAUACCUCGCCACCGUCCCGCUCCUCCUCGUGGUGUUCGGCCUGGAGGUCGGCAGCCUCGGGAGGACGGAGAUGUGGCGGCGGGUUUGGGACAGCACCGCCAGCUACGACCUCGCCACCGUGCUGUCCUUCGUGGGGCUGCUUGUGUUCACCGUCUCGGUCUAUUUCAUGUCCAAGCCUAGACCCAUUUAUCUCCUUGAUUUUGCCUGCUUCAAGCCUAGUGAUGAUCUCAAGGUGACAAAGGAGGAGUUCAUCGAGAUGGCGCGGAAAUCGGGGAAGUUCGACGAGGCGAGCCUGGAAUUCCAGAAGAGGAUCCUGGAGUCGUCGGGGAUCGGGGACGAGACUUACGUCCCGAGGUCGAUCGGGUCGCCGGAACGGACGGCCACGAUGAAGGAGGGGCGGGCGGAGGCGUCGGCGGUGAUGUUCGGGGCGAUCGACGAGGUGCUCGAGAAGGCGAGGAUCAGGGCGAAGGACGUCGGGGUCCUGGUCGUGAACUGCAGCAUCUUCAACCCGACCCCGUCGCUCUCCGCCAUGAUCAUCAACCACUACAAGAUGAGGGGGAACAUCUUGAGCUUCAACUUGGGGGGGAUGGGGUGCAGUGCAGGGGUCAUAGCCCUAGACCUGGCCAGGGACAUGCUCCAGGCAAACCCUAACAACUAUGCCUUGGUGGUCAGUACGGAAAUGGUGGGGUUCAAUUGGUACCCGGGGAAGGAGAGGUCCAUGCUGGUCCCCAACUGCUUCUUCCGGAUGGGCUGCUCCGCCGUCCUCCUCUCCAACCGCCGCCGCGACUACGGCCGCGCUAAGUACAGCCUCGAGCACAUCGUCCGCACUCACAAAGGCGCCGACGACCGCGCUUUCGGGUGCGUGUACCAGGACGAAGAUGCAGAGCGGAACAAGGGGCUGAGGGUUAGCAAAGAGUUGAUACAGGUCGGCGGCGACGCCCUGAAGACGAACAUCACGACCCUCGGGCCGCUCGUCCUCCCCCUCUCCGAGCAGCUCAUCUUCUUCGCCAACCUCGUCUUCUCCCGCCUCUUCCACCGCGGGGACAAGAACAGUAACAACAACAGAUCCCCAAACAAGCCCUACAUCCCCGACUACAAGCUUGCCUUCGACCACUUCUGCGUCCACGCGGCGGGGAAGACGGUCCUGGACGAGCUCCAGCGCAACCUCGGCCUCACCGACGCCAACAUGGAGGCGUCGCGCGCCGCCCUCCACCGCUUCGGCAACACCUCCAGCAGCAGCAUCUGGUACGAGCUCGCGUACCUCGAGGCCAAGGGGGUCGUCAGACGCGGGGACCGCAUCUGGCAGAUUGCCUUUGGGUCCGGGCUCAAGUGCAACAGCGCCGUGUGGAAGGCGGUCCGCCGCGUCAAGAAGCCGGUUCUUAACCCUUGGGUCGACCGCAUUGAUGCGUAUCCGCAGGCUCUCUCGACUCAGAAUUAUUAAAUUAAUUAUAAUUGAUAUAUGGAAGCUCAGCUUGAAUAUUUUAAUUUAUUGCAUGCAUUAUCAUGUAUCAUUGGUAACAAAUUAAACCACGUACUUAUAAUGUUUAUGUCUUUUAAUGAUUUAAACACUUGUGGGUGCUAGCUCGUUUCAUCUUAUUGGACUUUGUAAUAAUGGUUUAAGUUGAGAGAAGUUUAUUUCUAGCUUAGCUAUUAAUUUCAAGCACACUUAUAAUUAU